ACGUCACUCGUCUUCGAACUACAUUUCCCAUUAGGAGCUGAAAACAGAACUACACGACCCAAGAUGGCGGGUAUCGGAAAUUUCCUGAGAAACGCCUGGAAUAAGGAGCCUGUGGUGACAGCAGCGUGUGGCCUCGGCAUCGCUGCUCUGAUUCUGCCGCUGGUGAGCCCGUACACCAAAUACACAGUCAUGUUGAACAAAGCGACACCGUACAACUACCCAGUUCCUGUGCGAGAUGAUGGAAACAUGCCUGAUGUCCCUGCUCACCCGUGUGACCCACAGGGCAGAAACCUGAAUUGGCUGAAAGACAUGUAAAAAAAAUAUAUAUAUAUAUAUAUAUAUAUAUAUUGGCAGCCCCGGACCUGUACAGAUUUUCCACUCUCAGUCAAUGUGUUUCUCAAUCAGUGUGUCUCAAUAAAUGUCCUUAAUUUAACACCA